AUGCUUUCGAGAUUUGUAUUGUUUGAAAAAUUAUUUCGUUGUAAUUAUUAUAAUAAAUUUAUAGGUUUGGUACAGGUAGCAAAUUGGAAAGCAUUGCCAUUCGAUCAGAUUACGGAUAAUUUAGACGAUACGGUGGAAUCAUUGUUUAAACCAAUUAGCAGUUAUAUCACUCUAAAAAUUCUUACCAAACAAUCAUCAACAGAUGCUUCAAGUUCUCAAUGUAUAUCGGAUCUCAGGCAACGGCUUCUAAAAGCAGCGAUAUCGAAACAACCGCAUAUUCUUGCAACUGUUGAUAAUCAGCAAAUUAAAGAUCUAAUCUUGCAAGUUGUAUCCGGUGAUGAGCCAUCGAUGCUCAAUUUUGAUCAAAUUCAAGCUAUCAAUGUAUGGUUGGAACAGUUGGAUGACAAUCACUCAGAUAAAAAAAGGUUAAAUUUAAUACUUUUAACAUUUCUUUUCUAUACAUCAUGUUAA